AGAAUAGCAGCAGGUAUGUAGCUGUACAAACCGUGCAUAGCUGAAGGAGUGUUGCUAUAAGGGACAAGGAUUUUAAUUUCUCAUUAUCUUCCUUUAUUGGAAGAGUUCCUGUCAGCUUCAAUAAUAGCACCAGGCAUGUAACUCUACAAACAACACCACGUGUUAGUUAGAGGAGUGUUAGAUACUAGUUAUGACUCUGAGAGACCUGACCUUCACCUCCUUCCUUCUUGCUUCAGUACUUAAUCUCCUGUCAGCUCUCAACGUCUUCAACGAGGAACAAGAAAGAAAGAAAGAAAGCCGACUACAAAAGCGAUCAUCAGACAGUAGUGAAAUAGCCCUGAUAAUAGUGAUAACCGUAAUUGUGUCUAUAAUCUUAGCUGGCAUGGUGAUUAUUAUCAUAGCUAUCACCUGCAAAUUGAGUGAUUUAAAAGAGGUUGUACCUACCAUGCGAGUUAAAGAGUACAUUCCAAGCCGGGAGACAAGAAAAGCUACAAUAAUCCUGCCCAUGCCAUCCACACACUCGCCGUCCCUCCCUCCAGAGAAGCAGGUUCUACCUCCAGUGGAGGAAGUAUCAAGUGUUUCUACUGAUCCUCCUUCUGAUCCUCCCACUUCCAAGACACCAGAGGGUAUGCAGACACUGCCUCCCCCGCAGUAUGAAGCAUCAAGUCAUGCUGAACAUGCUAUUCCAACCGAACUGGAGUACUAUUCCGGUCAGGGUAAGACCGUGAGAGAACUCACUGAGACUUUUAGCUAUAGUGACGUUUAACUGAGAGAACUCACUGACACUUUCAGCUAUAGUGACGUUUAACUGAGAGAACUCACUGAGACUUUCAGCUAUAGUGAUGUUUAACUGAGAGAACUCACUGACACUUUCAGCUAUAGUGACGUUUAACUGAGAGAACUCACUGAGACUUUCAGCUAUACCUAGUGAUGUUUAACUGAGAGAACUCACUGAGACUUUCAGCUAUAGUGACGUUUAACUGAGAGAACUCACUGAGACUUUCAGCUAUAGUGAUGUGUAACUGAGAGAACUCACUGACACUUUCAGCUAUAGUGAUGUUUAACUGAGAGAACUCACUGAGACUUUCAGCUAUAGUGACGUUUAACUGAGAGAACUCACUGAGACUUUCAGCUAUAGUGACGUUUAACUGAGAGAACUCACUGAGACUUUUCAGCUAUAGUGACGUUUAACUGAGAGAACUCACUGAGACUUUCAGCUAUAGUGACGUUUAACUGAGAGAACUCACUGAGACUUUCAGCUAUAGUGAUGUUUAACUGAGAGAACUCACUGAGACUUUCAGCUAUAGUGAUGUUUAACUGAGAGAACUCACUGAGACUUUUAGCUAUAGUGAUGUUUAACUGAGAGAACUCACUGACACUUUCAGCUAUAGUGAUGUUUAACUGAGAGAACUCACUGAGACUUUCAGCUAUA